UUUCUCUUGAACAAAUAAAUCUGCAAGAAGAGAGGGGGUUGUAACACAGAGAAAGACUCUGUCAUCUUCAAACUUCCAGUCUUCACAAUCCUCCGCCAAUCAACUCACAGUCGUCGGUGAGCUGUUAAUGUUAUAUAUUAUUAAUUCAAUCCCUCCCAUGUCUUUCUCUCUCUAGAAUUGCAGAAACUGAGAGAGAUCUCAACCUUCAGAUCUUCCAACACCCAUGGCCUCUCUUCCUUUUCUCUCUCUCUGCUUCUUCGUCUUCCUCUCUCUCUCAUCCUCUCCCACCUCUGCCGAGAUCCGAGUCUCCGAUAUCCGCUCCGAUGACCGGACCGUCAUCCCCUUCGACGAGUUCGGAUUCACACACCGAGGCCGUCUCGAGCUCCACGUCUCUCAGAUCUCACUCUCCAACCCUAGCUCCGAACUCGACCUGUCCAAGGUCGGCUUCUUCCUCUGCACUCGAGACUCGUGGCUCCACGUGCUCCAACAGCUCGAAGAGAGAGACAUCACGUGCGCCCUCGGAUCCGAACUCAUCAAGAAUGUCUACACCUUCAAUUCCCUCAACGAAGCCAAGAGUUUCGAUACCCUGUACAAUGAAACCGACGCCGAUCGCUACACCCUAGUCUUCGCCAAUUGUGUUCUACAGCUUAAGGUCUCCAUGAACGUUCGAUCGGCCAUGUAUAAUCUCGAAGGGAAGAACGGUGGUCGCGACUAUUUAUCGGCCGGAAUGACGGUUCUGCCCCGGAUUUACUUCCUGUUUUCGUUGACAUACUUCACCCUAGCAGGUGUUUGGAUAUAUUUUAUUUAUAAGAAGUUAUUGACUGUGUUUAGAAUUCAUUUCUUUAUGCUCGCCGUUUUGGCCUUGAAAGCACUGAACCUUCUCUGUGAAGCUGAGGAUAAAUCGUACAUUAAGCGAACAGGUAGUGCGCAUGGUUGGGAUGUGUUGUUCUAUAUAUUUAGUUUCUUGAAAGGAAUUACUUUGUUCACAUUGAUUGUGUUGAUUGGGACUGGUUGGUCAUUCUUGAAACCCUACCUUCAAGAUAAGGAAAAGAAGGUUUUGAUGAUUGUGAUUCCACUUCAGGUGGUUGCCAAUAUAGCUCAGGUUGUUACAGAUGAAACGGGGCCGUUUGGGCAGGAUUGGGUGACAUGGAAGCAGGUGUUCUUGCUGGUUGAUGUUGUGUGUUGCUGUGCUGUUCUGUUCCCAAUUGUGUGGUCUAUUAAGAAUUUGAGGGAGGCGGCACGGACAGACGGGAAAGCGGCUGUGAAUUUGAUGAAAUUGACACUGUUCCGGCAUUAUUAUAUUGUGGUGAUCUGCUACAUUUACUUUACGCGUGUUGUGGUGUAUGCAUUGGAGACUAUUACCUCUUACAGGUACCUUUGGACCAGUGUGGUGGCUGGGGAAUUAGCGACACUUGCUUUCUAUGCUUUCACCGGUUAUAAGUUCAGGCCCGAGGCGCACAAUCCGUAUUUUGUGAUUGAUGAUGAAGAGGAGGAAGCUGCAGCUGAAGCAUUGAAACUCGAGGACGAAUUUGAGUUGUGAUUUAACUUCCAAGAAUCCUGGAGGAGGUGAUCAUAUUGGGAAAGUUGAGGUAGAAGCCAAAACUUUAGCAUGAGUUGUUCUGUAACUUUGACCAUUAUCUUUCUCAUUAUGUAUUGUUGAUUUUCUGUGCAUGUUGUACUUGAGCCAACGGUAUAAUUUCAUUGCUCUUUAUAUGUGUCCACAAUACAACUAGUUCUAUUAUCGGUAGGGAGUCUUUUGAAUAACUUUGGACAAUAACUGCAUUUUAAUUUUGAUGUCA